AUGGGCACAUAUUUGUCGAUCUGCUUCCUCCAAGAGGCUCCCAAGGCAGCAGCACAGUCAUCCUCUGACGACACGGCUUUCGAGAUUAAACAGGACAGGCUGGCUUCCUGCCAUUCAUGGGAAAGGCCUGGAGGGCUGGAGGGCUGGCUGGCUGACUGGCUGGCUGCCUGGCUGACUGCCUGCCUGCCUGCCUGCCUUUGGGGGGGACACUCCUCCCAGUAUACUCUGCUUUGCUAUCUCACUAGAGGCAUGAAUACCUCUGCUUUUGGCUUAUCAACAGAGUUCUGGAAAAGCUACUCGAACAUACUGCAUUUCUUUGGGCACCCCGGUGAAGAUGCAGAUGUUUCACUAAUCAUGGUGGUCCUCCUGGGGGCAACACUGCUUAUUGUUGGUGCCCUAUCCUUAUUUACAUGGCAGUCCCAUCUAGAGAAGGACAGAAACAAACACUCAAGCUAUGCUCAGGGCCAGGAUUUCCCAGACACCCCAGAGGCCAGCCCCUCUCCUACCAUCCCAAAUCAGCAGCCAGAGCCCAGAGAAACUACGUUAACUUCAGCCUCAUCUAUAGGCUCAUCUUGCGACUGGGGAGAUCUGAAUUUCACAGACACCGUCAAUCAGAGUGUGCAAGUCUCUAGCCGUCUGAAGGUGGCCGGAGGGGUCAGUAGUGAGGCCAGGGAAAUGUCGGACAAUCUGCCUCUGUCUUUCUACAUGAGUAUUUUUGAUCGCCUCCUGUUAGGAGAUCGUAGUGGUGGGGCAAGAUCUCGUUGGAUUAACCAGCUGCAUCGGAGCUCAGCCUACAUGUCCCGUAUCGUGGCUCCUGCUUCUUACGUGACCACUAACAGCCCUUUCUCAGCUGUCUUUAGUAGCAUCAGACCAAGAAGAAUGAUCUCUCCAGUAAGCAAAUCCCUGAAGGAUCAAGCCUGUGGUGAGGACACCCCCAUGGUAGCUGAAGGCAUGGUGAAUCUUGAAGAGGGCUCUCAUGAAGGAUUGGCCGGUGAAGAUGUGAGUGGGAUAGAGAUCGCUGCCUUGAAAGAGCAGCUGCAAAAGAUCUCUGGGAGACUGGAGGCUCUGGAGGCACAUUGCAGAGGCUGGCGUAAGAAGGAGUUCCUGCUCUAUUCUGCCCUGGUCUCAGUCUGUGUUAUUAACACAUGGCUGUGGAUGAGAAGAUAA